AAGAGUUCUUCUCCCAGCUCUUCACUUCUGAGGGGACUCACACAGCCCUGGAUUCAAGGGACUAGCAAAAAGACUCCUACAGGUUUAGCUCCAAGAACUCCAAACCUCUCAAGGGUGCAAGACCUGCUAGAUGAUACUGGAAGAGGGUGGAAUAGAAGCUUAGUGGAAAGCCAAUUCUUACCAGAGGAAGCAGAGGCUAUCCUAAAAAUGAAAGGGAUGGAUCCACACAGAGAGGAUUCAUUGCAGUGGGUUGGGAAUGCUAAAAGAAAAUUUAUAGUGGCAGACACAUACAAAUCUUUAAUUGAGAGGAAAUGGCUG